AUGAAUCCCCUAUGCACUAUCACCGUUAGCAGUAUCACUAUUUUCCAAACCAUUCAAGCAGUAGUGCAAGCUGCAGCUCUUCUCCGUGAUUAUGUUAAUUCUUUGAAGAACGCUGACUCGUCCUAUCAGAGUCUGCUGCAUGAAUUCGAUUCAAUCCUUGGAAUCCUGACCACGAUCAUGAUGAUCGAGAAAGAUACCUCUCUUUCAGACGAUCUCCAAUUUUCUGUUUCGCGACUGGUGUCCGAAGAUAGACCAGUCACGAAGUUGAAGGGAGAACUGAAGGAACUCCAACUGAACGAGGAGGAGAGGAAGAACAUGCGCGCCAUAUCCAAACUUUUUUGGCCGUUCAGGAAAAAAGAAGCAGAACGGAUUGCUGAAAAAUUGAGAGGCUAUUAUCGCGACAUCACAGUAAUUCUAACAAUAGACCCGCGGAAAAUCCUCAAGAACGUCGAUCAAACAGUCCAGGAAUUAAACAAGCACCAGAAAGAUGAGCAACGUCGACAGUUCCUUAAAUGGAUGAACCCUGUGUCCUGUAUUGAGAAGCACAAUGCCUCUUGUCGUCAACGCAACCCCAAGAUCGGUCAUUGGAUUUUCGACGCCAAAGAGUAUAAGGACUGGAAUAAUUCAGAUUACGCGUUGUUGAUACUAGCAACAGCUGGACAUGGAAAGACAAUACUAGCUUCUUCCAUUAUCAACAAAAUUCAGGGUAGCAAUAUAAAAGAGCCACAGACGCUCGGUUACUUCUAUUGCAGUUUUCAAGACGACAGGACCACAAACGCGGCUGCAGUAUUCCGCUCCUUGAUCGUUCAGCUGCUUCAACAAUCUGAGCUCGACUGGAUCACACAGAUAGGCAAGCAGCAAGAAUCGAACAAAAAAGGGGGCCUUGUUUCUCUGCAAACAUUCUGGCAGCAAAACUAUGAUGCAAAGCCUCAUCCCACACAUCUGGAGUCUCUACUAAAGCUUCUUGUUGAGGUGUCCGAGAUGGUUCAUCGACCAGUUCUUGUGAUUGACGCCUUGGAUGAAUGCAAGGACUACCUCGACCUAAUCAGACAUCUUGAAAAACUUCCUGAAGAUACUCGACUACGAUUUUUCAUCACCAGUAGAAGCAUGCCAGACGUCCAAGACGCCUUUCAUGGUCUCCCCAUCUCCAAAUUGUCGCUGAAGGACAACGCACGACAAAUGAAAGACAUCCGCGUGCACAUUGAGGAGCAGCUGGAAAAUCAGAAGCGUUUGUCACAACUACCCGAUGCGCUGAAGAAGACAAUUUCGGAGAAAUUGUUGGAAAACGCCCAGGGCAUGUUUCGCUGGGUUCAGUGUCAACUGGACGAAAUCGUGGCUUGCAACAAACUCGUCGAUAUUGAGCCAACCCUCGAUAAAAUUCCAGCUGGUCUUUACGAGACCUAUAAUAGGAUUAUCGAGGCUAUCGGACGGAGAGGACCAAGGGAUAACCAAAUCGCCCACAGUUGUUUACUUUGGCUGGCCGGCGCAUUCACCCCGUUGGUUUUUUAUCAGCUUAACGGAGCGAUGAUGAUUGAAGUCGGACAACCAAAGCUUAAUCUGAACUAUGGCGUUAAGAAUCCUAUGGAUAUCGUGGCCGCGUGCGGAAGCCUCGUGACCUACGAUGAGAAAACUAGGGUCGUCGCUCUAUUUCAUCAUAGUGUCAAAGAAUACUUGAUCACUUGUUCUAAAGGCAUCUUCAAAUCGAUCUCAGGCAUACACACACGGAUCUGCAAGCUCUUGAUUACGUAUGUAUUAUACGACUUUGUCUCUGUAGAUGAGAUAUACCCAGAAGCUAUACGACGCCAUUCACAAUUGUCACAUCGUGACGAUGUCAGUGAAGACCAUCCGUUGCAGAGCUAUGCAAACCAAGUAUGGAAGCACCUCGGACAUGUUUCGGAUGAAGAUCCUGACGUUAUGACCGCCCUGACGCGGCUGAACACGAAGUUUCUUCGAAACAAUGCGAAACACCCUGUGCUUGCUCCAGGCGAAUUUGAGUAUAAAACCAGGGGGUUGGAUACCACUGAAACUUCGCCCUCACUUUUAUUCAUCCUACUUGAGCACGGCAAGCCGUGGAUAGUCGAACAUUUCGUCAAGAAGUACCCCUAUCCACCGGACAUGGAUCUUGCCCCUGGUUGGGGUUCUUCCAUGAUUUUCGUCAUAGCCAAGAACCCUCGCUGCCUCCGGAUUCUCCUGAAUAGGAGCGUCGAUCUCAAUAAGCCUUCUUCGUUCAAACCUGGUUUGUAUGGCCGAUACAAUUGUAGCAGCUCCCAUACUCCAAUUUCGUGGGCAGCUGUGACCGGAAGCGAAGUCGCCAUGAAUUACUUACUGUCACUACCGGAGGUCACGCUACCUGAUGACAUUCUGUUCAUGGCUGUGAAGGCGGACAAACCGUCGCACCAAUGUAUCCGCCAAUUUCGUCGACGCGGUGCGGAUGUCGAUUUCACCCAACUCGUAGGAAGGCUCUCACGGUGA